AUGCUGCAGAAGGAUGCUCCCUGGUACCGGUCAUCCGACUGUGAAAAGAACUUUGCCCAGUUGAAGUUGAUGCUAAGUUCCGAGCUGCUGUUCACACACUAUGACCCAACACUGCCCGUCCUCGUUGCUGUAGACACCUCCAACCAUGGCAUUAGUGCUGUCACUUUGCAUACUUCUUCUAUCGGUCUGAAAAGAGAGUUUAAAGGAACUUUAGAAAUAACCGUUUCUUUAGCUACACUGUUUUUAUUCGAAGUAUCUUUGAAGGGCUUUUUUGGUGUAUCGCUUGCGAUGGUCGACGCUGCUGAUCGUUUUGAUUACUUGUUCAAGUUUCUCAUAAUCGGAAAUGCCAGUAGUGGGAAAACGUGUAUACUGCGCCGUUACACUGAGAGAAAAUUUUUUCCAAAUACACAGCACACUAUUGGGGCUGAAUUUGGCAGUAAAAUCGUGAAUGUUGACGGCACAUACGUGAAGAUUCAAAUAUGGGAUACAGCAGGUCAAGAGCGUUUCCGUUCCAUGGCUAGAUCUUACUAUCGGGACGCUGUCGGUACACUGCUGGUGUACGACGUUACUAAUCGCCAGUCUUUUGAUGCCGUUGGCCAGUGGUUAAGCGAUGCGAGGCAGUUGGCCAGUCCCAACGUCGUCGUAAUCUUGGUCGGCAAUAAGAAGGAUUUGCAGGACACGGAUGGACAGGUGACGCACUGGGAGGCAAACGCAUUCGCCCAGGAAAACGACAUGCAACUGAUUGAAACCUCCGCUUUGACCGGUGAAAAUGUUGACGAAGCAUUUACUCAAUGUGUGCGCACCCUGUUGGCUAAGGUGAAAAGCGGUGAAAUGGACCCGGAUAGGAUAGGUGGCUGUAAGCCACACGGAGUCACUCUGACGGCCGGAACUCCCGCCGCGCGCAAUUCUUCCAACUCUCCCCGACCUCAGUUCUCAAGUCUCGCAUCCUCUGGUAAUUGUUCCUGUUGA